AUGCCAGCUGUUUCAAGGCCAGGAAGUUUAAAAGAUCCAGAAAUUGCUGAGCUCUUUGAUAAAGAAGAUCCAGAAAAAAUUUUUGAAGACUUAAGGGAAAUAGGACAUGGUAGCUUUGGCGCCGUUUAUUAUGCCAGGUGUCUUUUGACUAGAGAAAUAGUGGCUAUAAAAAAAAUGUCAUACCUUGGAAAACAAAGUUUAGAAAAAUGGCAAGACAUAUUAAAGGAAAUUAGAUUUUUAAGACAAUUAAAGCAUCCAAAUACAAUAGAAUAUAAAGGUUGUUUUUUGAGGGAUCAUACAGCCUGGCUCGUAAUGGAAUAUUGUUUAGGAUCCGCUUCAGACAUAAUUGAAGUUCACAAAAGACCUUUAAAGGAAGAAGAGAUAGCAGCAAUUUGUGAAGGAGUUUUAAGAGGACUAAGUUAUUUACAUUCUUUGGGUAGAAUUCACAGAGAUGUUAAGGCUGGUAACAUUUUGUUAACAGAAAAUGGAACAGUUAAACUAGCCGAUUUCGGUUCUGCUAGUAUUAAAUGUCCAGCCAAUAGUUUUGUUGGGACGCCGUAUUGGAUGGCUCCCGAGGUGAUUUUGGCCAUGGACGAAGGACAGUAUGAUGGAAAAGUUGAUGUUUGGUCUUUAGGGAUAACUUGUGUUGAAUUAGCCGAAAGAAAACCGCCAUAUUUUAACAUGAACGCUAUGAGUGCUUUAUAUCACAUUGCUCAGAAUGAUACACCACAAUUGCAAUCAUCGGAAUGGAGUGAAGUUUUCCGUCAUUUUGUUGAUUCCUGCUUGAAAAAAAAUCCAAACGAACGCCCGACUUCAGGCAAAUUAUUGUCUCAUCAAUUAGUUACAAGGCAAAGAUCUUCUCACGUAUUAAUAGAUCUAAUACAAAGAACCAAAGCUGCUGUAAGGGAAUUAGAUAAUUUAAAUUACAGAAAAAUGAAAAAAAUUUUAAUGGUCGAUUCAUCAGAAAAUGAAAGUACAGUUGGUGAUGCCGAUGAUACUCCGGACGAACAAGCAGGAGGGGAUUCCAGUAAGAGCAAUAGUAUUACUUCUGAACACUCAAUUCAUUCAAUGGGUGUUAGUGCUUCAUCACAAAGUAGUAGUACAAAUUCAUUGCCACCUACAGAUCCAAAUUCGAGGAGACAUAAGGUAUUGUUGUAUACAGUAAAAAAAAAAAAAGCAGUUUGCAUAAAGUUUCAAGUUAAAAAAAAUAUCAAAAUUAUUGGUGAUCACGGUGCUAAUAAUUUUGCUACCAUUCGAACAACAUCAAUUGUUACUAAACAACAAAAAGAACACAUGCAAGAGGAAAUGCACGAGCAAAUGACAGGAUAUAAAAGAAUGAGGAAAGAGCAUCAGGGUGCUUUAUUAAAGUUGGAAGAGCGUUGCAAAGUAGACAUGGAUACCCAUAAACAAUUAUUGGAUAAAGAAUAUGAGUCAUUACUUCAACAGUUUAGCAAAGACCUUGAAAAAUUACAAGUAAAACACAUACAAGAAUUAGACCGAAAGUAUAAACAAAAUUCAGCGGCAGAAAAAAAACUAUUUAAAGAAAUUAGCAGUAAGCAAGAAGCGGAUAGAAAAAUAUUUGAAACGCAGAAGAAAAAGGAGUAUAAAACAAAUAAGGAGCGAUGGAAAAAGGAAUUAAGUUUGGAUGAAGCUACUCCAAAAAGGCAAAGGGAUGCCGCCCUUCAGAGUCAGAAGGAAAAUAUGAAACAGCUUGAAGCUCAGGAAGAGCAAAGAUUGAUUAGAGGCCAAAAAGAAUAUUUGGAUUUGGAGAUGAGAAAAUUUAGAAGAAAAAAAGUAUUAGCUUGCCAUAGUCUAGAACAGGAAUUAUUAAGGGAAGAAUUGAAAAAGAGACAGCAACAAUUAGAACAGGCACACGCGAUGCUUUUGCGUCAUCACGAAAAAACGCAAGACUUGGAAUAUAGACAGCAAAAAGCUGUCCAUCAAUUAAAAGAAGAGCAAAUUCAAAAGCAACACCAAACAGAGCUGCAAAGUCAACAAGACUAUACUGAAAGAGCUGAAAGAGAAUUAAGAAAAAAACACGCUCUUGAGUUGAAGCAACAACCUAAAAGUUUGAAGCAAAAAGAAAUGCAAAUAAGGAAACAGUUUAGAGAAACUUGUAAAAUACAAACAAGGCAAUAUAAAGCUUUAAAAUCGCAAAUCCUUCAGACAACAGGCAAGGAAGAACAAAAAACUGUUAUAAAAAAAUUAAAAGAAGAGCAAAGACGAAAACUCGCGUUAUUAGGUGAUCAGUACGAACAAAGUAUUGCAGAAAUGUUACAAAAACAAUCCAUACGAUUAGAUGAAUCCCAAGAAGUUGAAUAUCAUAAUUUAAAAAAGAGACUGCAUUAUGAAUUAGACAUAUUGACGGCUUAUCAGUCUAAAAAUAAAAUGCAGUCUGAGGCUCAAAGAAAUAGAGAGAGGAAAGAAUUAGAAGAUAGAAUUGCAGUGAGACGAUCCGUAUUAGAGCAAAAGAUGGAUCAAGAAACUCAGCAAUUUUUACAAGAGCGUUCCGAAAGAAUAAGACUUUUACACGAACGACAGCAUAGAGAAUUAGAACAAUUUGACGAAGAAUCAGACAAAUUAGGAUUUAGUGCACUGGCUAUAUCUGAAGCUUGUAAGGAAUGCUACGCGGAUGACGAUAGUAUUUCCGGGUCAAUGCUUAGUUUAGCUCAUAGCAACAGCUCGACGUCGUUUCCUCCUACAAGUCUUUAA